AACUGCUCGAACUAAACUGUGUAAUUUGGAUCUAUGUAGUUGGAAGUCCCUUGAUCAAUUUUAAAAAACCUACUUAGGUAUUAAUGUAUAAUGAAAAAAAGUGAGAUUUUUUUUGUUUUUUUUACGUAAAAAACGAAAAGGCACAACCUUAACAGACAGUCCCACUGAAAUUCAGAUGCAACCCAGCAAACAAACUCUUUGAAUACGUAUAUCACCGUGUAAAUAAGACGAAAAUAAAAAAAGAAAACAAAGUGUUUUCAUAAAUAAAAAGUAUUUAUGAAUUUUUAUUAAGAUUAACUAUGGAUAAAAGUUCAAUCGCCUGUUAAAAAUAAAAAUUCGACACACAUUUUCUUUUCAAAAUGUCCCUAAAGGCAAAAUAUCUAUGCGUAUUAGAUAUUGUACUACGUGUUCCACCACUAUUUAUGUUCGAUAAAAUUCUCAAAACUGAAGUAUUUCCUCAGGUUAACCUACAUUCGUUUCUAAAUUACACACAUUAUGAGCAUUAUACACAAGAUAGUUUUUAUAAGACGUUGCCGAUUGCCACUUUCAAACUGUUAAUGUGCAUUGCUGGUGCCGUUACUGCAUUUCUUUUAUUUGUAUUGUGGACCAACUAUCUUAUACACGUAUAUUUUUACGUGCUGCCAAUGGGCCUAAUAUUUUUAUCAUAUUGGAAAAAUGUGUCCUUUUUAGAACAAACAGAUUUUAUUCAAAUCACCUUUGAUGAACUUCUCUCAAUUGCUCUUAACUUGGGAAUACAAAUCAUUCUAGCAACAGCGUACUGUUUUAUAAAGCGACUUCAAAGCAUCUCGUGGGUUGAACAAAGGACUGUUGAAUGUGCAUUCCUCGCUCCCUCCAUUCUAAUAUUCUUUCCGUUAUCAUUGAACAGCUGUAAAUACUUUACAAGCGUAUCUGUGAUGGUACUGUUUAUAAUGCUUUUGUUGGAUAUAUGGAAUUACGGAAUGAAAAUAAUUUCAAUAUUAACUUCAGGCUACAAACAUACAAGGGAUUUUGCUCAUAAUUUUGGAAUAUCUGCGUUGGUAGAAAAUGAAUGGCAACGGUUAAACGUACCAACUGUUCUACGAUUAUUCUGGAUAGUAAGGACUAUCAACAAUACCUAUUUGUUGUUUUUAAAUGAGGAUGUAAACAAAGAUAUUUUCAAAUUCAUCAUGGUAAAUGGGAGUGAAACGUUGCUUUCCGUUUUGGGUCUCACCAGUAUAGUGUCUGUUUUAUGUCACCUGAUUGGAAAAGCUUUUCAAUGGUUUUUAUUAGUUGAGGACAACAGUGAAGACAAGUCCAUUGGAACUGUAUCCGCAAUAUUGUUCUAUAUAUUAGCACUUCAGACCGGACUGACUACCUUAGAGUCCGAAAAACGUUACAUCCGUUUAUGCCGGAACUUUUGUUUGCUGUUUACAGCAUUAUUUCACUUUUUACAUAACCUUGUAGCCCCUACUUUGUACUCAUUGAGUGCAGCUAGAAACCCAUCAAACAAUCGACAUGUGCGUGCUUUAACAGCUAGUUUUUUCCUGUUAGUUGCUCCAACGGUGCUUUUAAUUAGUUUAUGGAGGCGAUAUUCAUCUUCAACCUGGCUUCUUGCUGUUACUGCAUUUUCUGUAGAAGUUAUAAUUAAGGUAAUUGUUAGUUUACUUACGUACACUUUGUUCGUCUUGGAUGCAAAACGCGAUACAUUUUGGGAAAAAUUGGAUGAUUAUCUUUACUAUGUAAAAGCAUUCGGAAACUCUGUGGAAUUUUGUUUUGGAAUUUUUUUGUUCUUCAAUGGAGCGUGGAUAUUAGCAUUUGAAUCUGGUGGAGCUAUAAGGGCACUGAUGAUGUGCAUUCAUGCUUAUUUCAAUAUAUGGUGUGAGGCGAAAGCUGGAUGGAGUGUCUUUAUGAAAAGACGAAAUGCAGUUUAUAAAAUAUCAUCACUACCUGAAGCAACUUCUGAACAAAUGUCCGAGUAUGAUGAUGUGUGUGCAAUCUGUUAUCAGGAUAUGACGACUGCAAAAAUCACAAAAUGUAGACAUUAUUUUCAUGGAGUGUGCUUAAGAAAAUGGCUUUAUGUUCAAGAUCGCUGUCCCUUGUGUCAUGAUAUAAUAAUUAACUGCCAGGAACAAGGAGAUGUACAAAGAUAAUUAAGACUAUAUCCUAUUUGAACCUGAACACAACUGGCUGGUGAUAUUUUCCAUGUAUCUGACUGUAUUCGUUUUCUAAUAUUAAAUCACUUUUUUAAAUUAUGCUUUUUUAUUUCCAAAUAAAAAAUAAAAAAUAAUACGUUAUACCUAUUUUUACUCUUAUUCAUUAAUUUGACAGGAAAUAUAAUUUUUAAAAAAUAAAUGCAUGUAGUGAUAAAAUAGGUUGUGUAUGUACAAAUUUUACCAUAAUAGAAUAAUAUGUUUUUAUUUCACAUCAAUAAAUAUUUAUAUGUAUA